GAACAAAAAUGACAUCAGAUGGAAGCACUAGUAAAGUGACACGGUCCUCUACUGCCCGUCGCGCGAAGUGAACCGACCAGCUUCAGUGACAACGUGGUCGGCUGUCGAGUCCUUGAAGCAGAAAGUUCAGCCUGAGAUAAGUAUAAAGUAAUUUAGGCCAGGCUCAAUGGGCCAAUUAAUUUAGCGUCUCCAAGAAUCACGCUUUAAUUCAACUAAGCCAUGCAUCGAAGCCAACCUUGUUUGUUUUCGUUGAUGUUGGACGAAUUUUUUUGGUUUGGUUCUUGUUGAACCACGACCUUCACGUACGCAUCAAUGACUGCACUCGAUCUGCACAAUGCACUUUUCACAUCAGACAAACGACUCGUCAAUGCUAUGCCUACGCCCACCCCCAUGACACAUACUACACGUACUCUUUCGCUCACGACAGCCCAAGAACAAUCGUACAACCCUACAUCCUCAACCUACAACUCCCCAACCUUUCAUGACCUACUCUCACGCCAACCACUCCACCCAGACGGUCCACGACACUGGGACCUUGGCCUUGACCUCACAGGAGACCCGAUAACAGCAGCAGAAUGUAAAAGCCUCGAAGACCGGUUCAUAAAAGCCAAACUUCGUCGCUUAAAGUGGAUAUGUUGUGUUUUUGAAGUUGUUCUUGGUAUAUGGGCUAUAUACUGCACGAUUCGCUAUUCCCUCGCAUUUCAAACGGCUCUUACGAGCGAUGUGCAUAUACCCACACUUGCGCUCGUACUUUGCGUUAUUUCUGGUAUCAGUGUCGCUGGAGUGGUCGUGACGCUGUUUGUACCGCUUCUUCCAGAAGACGGAGGGAGAUUCGUUCAUGCUGCGAAGAUGAUCUCAAGAGGAUGUUUUGUUGUAUUGAUAAUCGCGAUGUCGAUCGUGAAUCUUGUCCUUAUUUUGGUAUGGAGGCCUGUGGAUAGAUGUGGGUGGAAUAUGGAUGUUUUGUGGUCAACGACAGUUGCCAUCGCUGGAAAUUCGACAGCAAAGCAAUGUCGCAGUGCGAAUUUUGCAGCUUGGAUAAUUGUUGCAUCUUUAAGGGUUAUUGCUACGUUAAUCAUUAUCCUGUUGUACCUUUACUUCUUGAGAGCGUAUUACGAAGCGAGGCAUCCUUCGAGAUAUACCAGAGAGACGUACUACUACCCGCCAUUAAUGACCUCGGAGGGUGUUGUAAACUCACCUGUGUCCACUAUGGACUCACCUGUAUCUACUCCCGACCCGUCGCCAUCAGGAUCGCACUUCAACUUCAACAAGUUAAUACAGACUCGAGCUGGACUAGGAAGGUCUGACUCGACAAUAGCACUAACUAAUUCAAGCAUCACCCUCGCGCCUUCGCCCUCUUUUUCUUCCUCCCCCUCUCAUUCCCACUCCCACACAAGCGCCCAAGCCAUACACACACAAUCCUCGAACCCCGCACCCCCAGCUCCCAACCGCAUAUGGCGAAAUUGGACAAAUCUGCGGCUAUCAAUAAAAGACCGUCAAAGGCACAAUAAUCUUUCCGACACACUCAUACCCCGCACGCUCCGCCGGCAAAACCGUACUGCUAUGCCGAGUGAACAUAUCUUGCUGAAUACGAAUACAACACCCGGUGCCUGGGAGGAGUGCACGGAAGUAUAUACCGACGGUACUGGUCUUGGUCCGCGUGCCUCGGAAUUAGAUCAGUCCGUGGGCGUUGCUGAAGGUCAGGGUGUGUGUCCGAUGGGGGAGCGCAGGAAUAGGACUGAUUCUCCAUUGGCGAUGGACUCGGACGCAGGCAGCCGCGACUCUGACUCUGUCUAUUCUUACGGAUACGGGGCAUCAGAACCAGCGUACCCCUAUCUGGAAAUUUACAACAACCCCGCACCGCCGGCUGCUGGUAAUGAUAAUAUCAUUCCUACCCAACAACCCCGAUUGUCCGCGGCAGUUAUAGCGCGGGCAGACACCAUCGAACCUGCGAUGUCGCUAACGACGGUAGAAUCGGGUGACGAAGAAGACGAACUGAUACCCAUAAUGGGCGGUUUCGUACGACGGAUGGCUACCAUCCAGUCAUUCGGAUCUCAAGAAGCUGGGUUGUCGAUGGGUCGCUCGCGCUUCUCGAGGGGUUCGGUUUCCGAGAUGCAUGCACCCGCGUCUCCGCGUUCGUCUAUUGGAUGGGCGCCAUCUAUGGCGUCUACGUUGAGCAAGAAUAACUCGCUUGGGACAGCCUCUGUUUAUUUUUCUGUGUCGAGUGAAUUGGGAAUGGGGACGGGGAGUUCUGGACGUGGUUCCGGAGUCAAUGAGCGGGGCGAGUUGGAAGCGAAGAUGACGACGAGUCCGCCUUCGUACGGUCGAUAUCACUAUAGCCGAGAAGCUAACCGGACUACAUUAUCAGUGCCAUCCUAGCGUACAUGAGGCAUCAUACCAUUACAGGAUUAUGACUAUCACAAUCUAACCAUCGCCACAUCUGCAUCUCAAAGGAGGUGUCGACGAGAUGAAUGGCCUAUUUUUGAAUGUAGUCCUUGAUGCAUGAUGUGGAAUGGACGCUGGCCAGAGUUUUAUGUAGGCAAGAACGAAAAAGCAUAUAUAACGCGCCCUGAGCCAAUGAUGAUGACCAUGAGGCCAGAUAGGCUAUACCGCAUUCAGAUAUGAAACGGGACGUAGGCUCAAGAUAGUAGAUUGUGACAAAGUUCCGGUUCCGGG